UGGAAUACACCGUAUAAACAUGGCUUCUAGUGAUUCCGAACUGAAUCGAGGCUCUACAACUGCAUACUCUACGCUCGUGCAGAGUGAGAUACUAGAUAACAUAACAUCUAGUCGAUAUGGCGUCUCAUGGAGUCAUUCUGAAAUGGUAAUUUAUCCAAAUAUAAUAUGUUAUUUUGGAAACGACAAAUUAGUGGUAUUUGACAGAGAUGGCCAAAAUGUAGCUCUUUAUGAAAACUUUUGUGAUGUUCAAAGGAGAAGCAUGAGUAUAAGGUCUCUUUCCACCUUCAUUCCAGUCGAUAGUUGCAGUACCGCUCUUGAUGGAAACCGUUUUGUUGUUGUUUCGUCUCCAAAUAAAUCAUUUUUAACAAUAUUCAGUAGUGAAAAUCCAGGAGAAUUGAAGGAAGAUGGCAAGUUAAAUGUUAAAGGGGGGUGCCAUGGCCUUGAUUUUAUUGAUGGGAAAUUAUAUGUCUGUUUCAAAGAUCCACCCAAAAUAUCCAUUCUGGAUAUGAAUACAGGGUUUAUACACAACAUAGAAAAUGAGCCAAAAGGAAACCAGCUGUUCACUGCACCUUCCCACAUUGCUGUAGAUAUUUGCAGCAAUAAGGAGGUGAUUUACGUGUCCGAUGAAGCAAGCUGGGGCCUUCGACGACUAACAAAGAUUGACACACAGGGCAAUAUCCUGUCGUCAUUUCUCUCGCUAACAGCGGAAGAGCCAAAACAAGUAAUGGCGGUUGGCGAUGGCAGUGUCCUGUUUGUUCUUGAUGGAAUCAGGCUGAUGUCGGAAAGAUGCCAGGAGGUUGUGAAGCUCUUAGAUGAAACUCACGCAGGAUCCUUUACGUGCAUGUGUUAUUCAAAACAGCGUCACAUGCUCUUUUUGAGGUUGGACAAUACCACACAGAUUGUUGUAUACAAGCUGACCUAGUUUGACAAAGUUUAAAUGUCAUUCGUUUACGUUGUUGUGGAUAGCAUUUUGUAUCUAUUAUUCUUAAUACCAUACGUUUGUAGAACCUGGUUGAGCAGGUUGAGCAGUAUUUGCCAUCUAUGUAAUGUAUAUGCUUAUAUUGUGUGACCCAUGACCAUUCAUGUUUUUACUUUUAGUCGGAUAGUUAAGAUUUAAUAGAAUAUAAUUGGAUAUACCUUUAUUACAUACUCUUUAGUACA